AUGCGAGGCCCCGCAGCCUCCCCGCGUGCACAGUCUCGGCUUCCGGGGCGGCCCAAGGCCCGCGUGACUGCCGCCGUGCGUGGCGACCCGACCCAGCGCGCCGCGCCAGAGUGCCGUGCGCGUCGAACGCACUCUCCGUACGUCGACCAGCUGGUGCAGCACGUGCAGCAGCUGGCGGGCUCCCUGUCGCAGCUCGGCGUGCCGGUGGCGGCGACUCUCGUCGGCGAGGCGAUCGGCGCCAUCUGCGAGCACUUGGUGGACGGGUACGCCGGCGUCAAGAAGGCGUCCGACGAGGGCCGCGCCCAGAUGUCGCUCGACGUCAAGACGCUGCAGGCGGCGCUGCGCAAGCUGCUGCCCGAGAUGGCCCCGUCGAUGGCGCAUGUCGAGGACUACCUCCGCGCGCUCUACCUGCCGCCGCAGGAGCUGCUCGCGUGGGCGCGCGCGCACCCGCAGUACUCGGACGGCUAG